AUACCAUCGUUGCUAUGUAAAUACACCCUUACUUAUUACAUUUAAGAGUGGAUAGAUUGUUUGAUAUGAGGGGCUGGGAAGCUAUUUGAUGUGAGGCCUCAAUUUUGUUGGAGUCUUGUUUCCUCAUGGUUUCCAGUGCCUUGUGAUACAUGAUACCGGUAGCUCCAGACCAUUCUUCUGUGUAUCGUUCCUUUUUUUGUAGAGCAAGCAGCAUCGGGAUGCCACUGUGACUCCUCCUAACCACACCUUCAAGAUGGCUACAGUCAGCACCGUGGAGCCAUUCUCUCAAGCAUUAUCCUCUGAUGCACCCACGGUUCAGAACAUGCCAGCCCCUCAGGUUCAGAUCAUGUCCAUGGAGGAUGAUGAUUUCCAAUCAGACAAUGAAACGAACAAGGUUGAUCCUGCGAGACCACCCAAGUGUGAAACAUUACAAGAAAGCAUGUCUAGCAAUGUAAAUCCGCAUGGAAACAUCCAAUCCUUUGAGGAUCAUGGACCAUUUAUAAAGCUGGAACAGCUUGAGAAGAAACCAGCUCACAUGUCAAUCUUCUUGCAUUAUCUCAUCUCCAACAGUGAUCCUUCCAGCUUAUUUUUCUACUUAGUGACCGACAAUUACCGAACUGGAAGUCUAAAGGAAAUGAGGAAAUGGGUUUAUGAAAUCUUCUCCACCUUUCUAGCACCAUUGGCGCCCCUGAGAAUUCAAGUGAGUGAAAACAUUGUCCAAGCAAUAGAAAAUGUCAUGAGCACGCAGUUACAGAAUGAAGAGGCAAUGAAGAGCAUCUUCCUGGCAGCAAGGCAGAUCGCAACGGCUGAGGUGAGAGAACUUCUGGCUGACUUCCGAGCUAAGAGGGCACUAGGUCUGGGUUCCAUCUUUGGAGAUCAGCAACUUCAUAAUGAGGACAUGGAUCGGACACAGGAACUCAAAAUAGUGGAACAGACUUUGAUGCCUCACUUGGACAGACUCACAACAUUGGAAGCGGAGCGAGAGGACAAGAAUGUUGCCAUGGCGUUUGCCAUCACUACCUUCAUGAAGCAAGUCGGCGUACGAGUCACGAGCAACAGCCCAUUAGAGAGAUGCCCCAGCUUCACAGCUCGAGACAAACGGACAAAAUGGGGUGGAAAGAACAAGAAACAACACAUAAAAGGUCAUCAGUUUGUAGAGAUGCACUACCAGUCAACAGUCUUCUGUAAUCAUUGCAGUGGCUUGCUGUGGGGGAUCGGAUUCCAGGGGUACCAAUGUCCAGAUUGUGAGUUCAAUAUUCAUAAGACGGGCUUGUGCUUGGACCAACUUGAAGAUCAGUGCCAAGGCAAAGAAGGCAAGAAGUCAAAGAAUUGGCGGCGGAUGAUUCCAGGACAGCGACGGACAUCGGACAGAAUGAGUCAGUACCUACCUUCAUCAGUCUUCUUUGCAGGUGAUAAGAAGGAUGAGAGUGAGAAGACAGCAACGUCACCAAGUGCAGUGACCAGCCCACUGCCGGUAUCCAACCAAGUUCGGCCUGGUCUAAGUGAAGAUGAAGAACUCACGCAAUUAAAGAAAGAUGUCAAUGUGGACAAUCUGGUGAAGCAGUUUGAGGUCAAGGCAGACGAACCAUUGGUUAGUUCCCACACAUCACUGCAGGCUGAUAGUGGAAUCUCAGAAAGCUACGAUCGGUUACAGGAUGUUGCCGAGGGCGACACUACAGCAACCAAACGCUCCUUCCUUGCCAGAUCGGCGAGCCUCAAAACAAAGGGUGAGGAGGAGAGAAAGCGGCGUCCGCCAGGUGACCGCAGAUCAAGAAGUUUGCUUGUUUCAUCCUCCAAUGAACGAACCCCAUCACAAUCGAUUGAUGACGUGGAUGUGGAUGGUCAUAGUGUCGUGACUGCACUCAACAGCACCUCACAAGCCAGCUCGUCGUCCAGUUUAUCCACAAGGUAUAUGCACAUAAGUCAAGAGUCACCGUCUGCAUCCAAUGAUUCCUUGUCUUCACGCCCCAUUGAAGAAGAGCAAGGAGAAGACUCUGACAUGGAAGCAGAAGCCGAACCGGCUAACUGGCAGGACCUGGUGGAUAAAGACAUCCUGAAACGGCUUAAACCCAAAGAGGUGAAGAGACAAGAAGUCAUCAAUGAGCUGUUUCACACUGAGAAGUCACAUGUACGCAAUCUAAAGGUUUUGGACAGGGUAUUCUACCGACCGAUGCUUAGAGAGCAGGUUCUUUCUAAGGAACUCAUCCACGCUAUCUUCCCCAAUCUCAGUGAGAUGCUUCAGCUUCAUGGACCACUCAAUGAGUAUAUGAAAAAGGAACGCAAGACAUCACAUGUUAUACAAGAAGUUGGACAUGUCCUUCUGAAAACUUUUGAUGGUGAGGCUGGAGAGACAGCUAAGCGAAUCUGUGCCAUGUUUUGUCAGAAUCAGAAGGCAGCAUUGGAGAUGUUGAAGAUCAGACAAAAGAAAGACAGUCGGUUAGCUCAAUUCCUGAUGGAUGCUGAGGCCAAUGCAUUGUGUCGACGCUUACCCUUACAAGCCAUCAUAUCAACUGGAAUGCAGAGACUAACCAAGUACCCGUUACUUAUUGAAAAUCUCUUGAAAUACACACCGCCCAAGUCCAAAGAGUACGAAGUCUUGGGCAAAUGUCUACAGUGUACUAAGAAUCUCUUAGCACAUGUCAACCAGGCAGUCAAAGAUUGUGAGAACCAUCAACGAUUACUGGACAUCAACAGACAUCUGGAUAAGGGGCCGUUUGAACGGUCCAAUCAUCCUAUUGCUGCCGAGUACAAGAAUCUUGACCUGACGUCUCGGAAGCUUCUUCACGAUGGUGCACUAACAUGGAAACUCAGUAAAACCAAAACACUCGAUAUUUAUGCACUUUUGUUUGCUGACAUUCUGGUGGUGCUUCAGAAACAAGAUGAUCGAUAUGUGAUGAAAUGUCACAGCACGACGGUACCAACACAGCUUGAAGAAAAGAAGAACACGCAUAGUCCAAUCAUCAAGAUCAACAGUGUCUUGUGUCGAGAGGUUGCAACAAAUAAGCGAGCGUUCUUCCUGGUGAGUACAUCUGAAGCUGGACCUCAGAUCUAUGAACUCAUGACCAUCUCAACCUCAGAACGUCAGGCAUGGAUGGACAUGAUCUUAAGAACUCAGGAAACCAUCAGGAAAAAUGGCAAGACGGGAGAGGCGAGUGCAACCUCCAAUACCGUCUCAAGUCCCUUCCCCGACUACAGGAAGAUCAUUGAAGAGGAAGCAGAAGAAAGUAGCAAGCCUGAUGCAGCUGAGGGUUCUGGUAAACUGGAAGCUGGCCCAACGAGCAUCGAGAUCAACAACCCUCCACAAGUCAGUCAACCUGAAGUUGUCAUGCAGAGUUCUAUGGUCACAGAUGAGACAAGACAUGAAUCUCCCUUAGAGGCCUCAUCAACCGUGGCCAAGCUGUUACAAGAGGAUAUUUCAAGUGAUGCGAGGGCAGCAGACAAGUUAUUCAUGAUCAACGCUCUUAUUGCUCAGCUGUCUGUGCUCCAGAAAGCCAAUUAUGAGAAACGUGACUCUAAACGAGAGGAGUUGAUAGACAAAUCUACCGCUCAAAUCCAAACCCUCAGUAAAAGUUUACAGGCUGACUUUUCUCGGUUAGAGUUGGAGCUUCAACAGAAGACCCAGGAACUGUUACGAGCCCAACAAGCUCUGAUGGAACAAUCCCAAAACCAACCUACAGAACAGGGUCGCCAAUCCAGACAAGAACCUGUCUACAUACGAACACCAGAAGGGAUGCAGAUUGAGAAAUCAGAGGAAAUGGCGGCCAGGAAGAAGGCCAACAGAAUCUCCUCAUCGGCCGAUUCAGGAGGCAGCACGACAGAUUCUGAAGAAUCGGGACCAGUGGAGUCAUCCGAACCAGAGGAAGCAUAUACACCUAAGGAACGGCCAAGUAGCCUCGUUAUGAGCAGUGAAGAAGGGGACCAGUUAACAAGAAUGGUUGAGAUUGGUGCCCAAGUCCAUCAAGCAGAAUCUCAGGAAGCUAUGCCUAUCUCCAAUGAGGGAUUAGUUAACCUCCAGCGUGCUCAAGUGCGUAAGGUCACUGAUGUAGAUAGUGCUGAGGUAGACGAUAUCAUGGAAAGACUUGACGUCAAGACGGCAUCUGUGAAUGGCAUUGAGGAUCAGACACAGUCUCGGGAAAACUCCCAAUCAACAAGGGAACUUGUGGACAACAUGGAAGAAAUGACCGAGUCAGCUCAGGAAUUGGCCAUUGGAACUGUCACAAUGGCUGAAGAGAGUUGGGGGACACCUCCAAAGGAAUUAGACACUUUUAAAAAUGAGUCAGUGGAGGUCGGCAUGGCAACCAGACUGGAUGAUCUCUUGAACGAUAGCGACAGUGAUCAGGAAACGGUGGUUGCCAGUGGGAAUUAUAAAACAGAGCCGUUGGAGCAAGACACUGAUUUGAACAAUAGUCCUGAAAUUGUGAAAUUGCAAGAAGUGUUCUCAACAUCGGAGAGUGACCGUCAUGUGGUAUCUCUUGACCAGUCAUUACUGGAGGAAAGGUCAUCAAGUCAGAAUGGUAGGACAGAUUCAACCGCACAUCAGCAGCAAUUUGACAUGGACUGCUCCAAAUCAGAGUCACUCUCAGAAAGCUUGUCGUCACAAAGUGCAAAUGUUCAACUUCCAGAAACAAUUGCACAGACCUCAAGAGGUGAGCCUAGCAGAACGGACAGGCAACCUACGAGCGUUGUACCGCCUACCAGUCAAGAGAGCAAUCAGGAAAACACGAGGCAAGCUGAUGAGGAUGUUGGAUCACAAGGAGGGGAGACAAAAGCCAGUGGAGAAUACGUGAGUGAGCGAGAUGAGGCACCAGCGGAGACGAGCCUAUGCAUCCAUGGUAACAAGGAGAAAGAAGAGGCUGAAAGCCAAGAAAUCACCGAGGAGGAUGAGGAUGUUGGGAAUGAAGAGAAGAGCAAAGAUGAUAACGAAGAUGACGGCAGUGAUAGCGAUGAUGAAGAUGACGACGAUGAUGAUUAUGAAAGAAUCGAAUAGCAUCAAAUGUCACAAUUAUCAGAAUUGUAUUUUACUGCGAGAAAUCUUCUGAGACGUUGCUAAGUGACUGCUGCAUCAGUAAAACUACCUGGCUGCAGAAUUGAUUGGUUAGGGCUGUCACUGCUGCAUCACCAUAGCAACACAUUAGAAAAAUCUCUGCAAAUGAGUCAGUGGAUGAGAAAUGUAUACAGCCAGAUUUGCUUCAAAUGGACAAAAUAAGACCUGUUGAAGAGAACAUCUCAUUCCUUAAUCCUCUUUGAUGAAAAGACAGUAACAGUCUGAAAAUGGAACAAUGUCUGGAACCGGCAAGUAGCUGCUUGGAAGGUGAUGAGUAUCAAAUGAAAAUAAUGUUUCCCUGGUGUAUAAAUAACUGCCAAGAAAAUGUGAGUACUUAAAGAAAUUUGAAGACUCUCUGUGUAAUCAGUACUUGAUAACAGGUGUAACAGCUUGUCCUAUGUAUUCUUCAAUUUAAAAUAUUGACUACAAGUGUUAGACCAGUUGCAAUCCUGUGAGGAGAUGUCAAGUAAUGUCCACCUGUACAUCGGCACAAGGACUUCUCUGUUUGCUGUUUGAACUCGUCCAGUGUAUAGCAUCAGUCUUUGCAUUUUGGUAAUGGCUACAUGUCCAUGUAGGAAGCUUAAGUUACUGAGAUACUAGUCAGGUUGGUCCCUUCACAGUGAUUUGCUGUAUUGCUGCAUACAGACAGUAUCUCCCAAGGUUUUACAUACAGCAACUAGCUUCAUUUUGUGAGGUUGUUGGACAUGUCCAUGUAGUUUGCAGGUGUACAGAAGGUUACAGGUGUGCACAUGUAGUUGGCAUUUAGCAGUCAUCCACACAGCCUCUGCAUGCAGACCUGUCGGUAGUGUUUAUAUUGCAACCCAGCAGACUCCACAGAGCAUACAGAAAGACAUCAGAUGUCACUGUAAGAGACAGUAACUAGACAAAAUAUCUUCAGCCCUUUUAACCCUUUCAAAUCCUUUUUGUUUUCAAAGUUGCUAUUUUCAUAUAGCCUAAUCAUUCAUAGUGCUAUACUUAGACAGCUUAAUUGGCGUUGCUGGCAUUGGUUUUUUGUGUAGUACAUGUAAUAAUCUACUUGGAAUGUACAGCUGAGUCUGUGAAGACGAAUGUUAAUGUAGCUUUAUACAUAACAUGCCACAAACUCAGUCUUACCUUUGUAAAAUUUGAUAAAGGACCCACUUUUUUACAUCAAAGCACAGUAAUACAUUUUUCAAAAUAAUUGUGAGAUAUUUUGUUUAAUUUAAGAGAUAUGAUCUAACAUAAAUUACCAAAAAAAUGAUUUGAAAAAUUCAAAAGCGGUUUUUCUAGGUAAGGUCUAAACUGAUUGCUGUAUGAGUACAUGGGUGUACAUGUACAGGUGUAUGUGGUUUGUAUUUCGUGUACAGCUUAAGUGUGUUCGUCCUGUUGUCCUAGCAACUGUAGCCGGUGCCCUGAAGCUUGUCCAACUGCAGAGUUCACCUUUGGCUCCCUAUCUGUAGCUCGUUACCAACUAGAAUAUAAAUUCAAUGUGUAACAUGCUUAGAAAUGACAACUAACCUUAACUAUUAUUAGCUCCGCAGCUAGAAGACAGAGGUUAUGACCUAAUUGAUUGAUGAUACAUUCAAUAUGACACAAAACCUCUAAACCAAGGUAUGCAAGCAGUUGUAUAUUAUCUGACACCAUACAACAGAUUGACUGUAAAACAAAUACUGUAUUUUACUUUCAGUAUAUUUGUUUAUUGAUGUGAUGACUGUUUUACAGAAACUGUGCCAUGUUAACAUUUUUAUAGGCAAUAUUGAUCAUUUUUUAAAAUCAACAAUUCACAUCUAAUUUGAACACAGAAGCAUAAUGAUUGGCUUAUUGGUUAUUGCGUGUAAAGUAACAUUGCCUUUUUUUAAAAACAAUACUGAUCAGGAAAAACUGCAGAGCCCUUUAACUGGAUGCGAUUUGUUGUCCAGAAUCAGGACCAUUGAAAUAUUGCUUUCAGCAGAUUAUUUGAAGAGAAAAAAGAUCAAGGACAGUCUCAGCCAAGAUUAUGUGGGGGUUGUAUCGAACCAAACCAAAAUUGCCCCAAAACUUGUGGCUUUCUUUACCAGAUACUAUUGAUGUAACAUGUAGAGGAAUCAGCAGGUGAAUUUAGACUUCCAUUAUUUAAAUUCAAAAAAGAGAUCAUUCUUGUCCUGGAAUUUCAAAGACAAAAUGAUAGCAAGGGACUUUUCAGUGAUUGUUUUGAUAGCAGAAUAGAAUCUGAAGCUACAGUGGAAUGAUGAAACCAAGAGAGGUGACGUAUAGAACAUCCAACCAGUUCAAGAAAUUGAUGUGGGUUUGUGGGCUUCACAGGUACAGGCUGGGAAUAAAAGUUCCAAAUAAUUGAAAACUGUUGAUGUCACAAGCGAUGAUGGCUUCACUGAACACCAACAGGUGUACUGGACAGGUGGAUCUUUGAAUGGACAAGUGAUUUGCGUGACCACUGAUGUGGAAUGAGUAUAUAUACAGCAGGCUGUGUAUGGUUGAUUGGACUGAACUGGUUUGAACUAGUUCAAACCAGGUGGAACUGUUCCCAUGUUGCAUAGCUUUUAAAGCUAGACCAUUGAGUCUUUAUUUAAGUUUUUUUUGUAGUUUUAAGAAAGUUAUUCUAAACUUUGUGCUUCUUGUCUGGCUAAUGUAGCAUGUUAGGUUUAAUUAUUGAGAAACAGUCUUUAAUGCUAUUUUUUCCAGUCAGAUUUAAAACUUUAUGACAUACCAAAUUUGUACAUAUUGUUUCUAUUCAGAAAAUGAUUUUGUACAGUUUAAAAUAGAACAUUACUAGAGACGAGUACCUUGGGUAAAGUCCCCCCAAACAGUUUUGUCAUCAACUUUUUGAGUUGAAUUCUUGGCGUUGAUGAGUACAGAGAAACUGAAUAGAGAUAUCUGGCAGAGUGGAGUGAGGUUACCAGUCAAAUUGUGAUGUGUUGUACAUCAUGGAUGUCACUGGUUCCCAUAUUUAUAUAUUAUGUAAGAAACUUCUGCUUGCAGAGCUCUAUAAAGUCCAGCCCAUUGCACAGGCUGGUAGAGCAUUGACUAUUGAAAUGUGUGUAUGAAUGUAGUCACCCCAAGUGGACUCAUUAUUAUUUGGCAAAUUGACUGAGCUGUAGCUUCCAAACUUGAUGGCCUUAAAGUCAGGUUUUCUUUUCUUUUUUUGUCUUGUUGCUGAAGGAUUUGUUUAUGCUAUGAAAUCCGUUGAUUUUAAUCAUCCAUCAUUCAUAACGUAUCACAGUCCAGAAGUUCAAGUUGUGUGCAGUUAGAAAGACAAACUACAAGGCUCAAAGUAUGGACCUGGGUGUUUUGAUAGUCAGCUCUUGCUAUAGUCAAGUUACAGGAACCAGACAUAUUACUGUUUUAUCCAGGACUUUGUUCUAAUUGGAGUGGAAAAACAGAGAAAGACAAGAAUUCAAGAGAUUGGGAUUCCAGAAUUAAUUCUUUAUGACAGUGUUGUUAUAGCUGUGUUCCUAGUAUCCAGAUUUGGCAGCACUGAUGGACGUGCAUUGUUGAGGUUCCUCUCUAUAUGAAAAAAAAAUGUGCUUUGAAAUUUUUUCAGAGUAUAAAACUGGUCGUAGUUGUAUUCUCCAAUUUUUUUUUCGUCUGGUGUGGUGUACAAAUUGUCACUAGGUCUGUUCAGUGUAUCAUCCUCAUUCAUUGACUUUGCAUUCAACUUCCUCUUAAAAGUUGUGGCUAAUCAAAGUGUGUAUGUACAGGUGCAUCACUAAUAUUCAUUUGCUCUGCAGAAAACAAAAGGUGUUUUAGUUGCAAAUUAUACUUUCAAGCGCUGUUGCUAUAACCAUCACCAUAACUAUUACUAGGAUCUCUAAGAAUGACAUUUGUUGAAACUGUCCUUAAAAAGUGCACACUCGGUCAUUGGUAAUUAAAUAAGAUUGUUUCCAGUUGUCAAUCAUUAAUUACUUCAGGAGGAAUUUUUAGUAGAUGGCGUAAUUCUUUUUGUGUCUUUUUUUUUUCCAAAUAGUUUCUAGACUCAAGAUCCUCGAAUUUCCCUUUUAGUUCCCCCCAUAUAUGCCCUCCAUUGUUGGUUAAACUUGGCUGUGUUCAGAGUAUGUAGAAAGCUUUUUGCUGUAGCCAGCUUGUCAUUGGAACAUGCAUUUAAGACGUAACAACCAUCCAAUCAUUAAUAAUCUUAUGUAAAUUAACGACCAACAUGUCAAUAAAUAAACGUCAUGUAAAUUUG